AUGCUCGCGGAUUUUCCGGCCGUCGCCGCGACCUCGCCGCUCGGCUUCACCUCGCUGGGCGGCGUGGCGAUGUCGGCGCUGAGGCACGCGCCACUGUUGGUGCUGGUGGUGCUUCAGUUGCAGCUGCAGGGUGCUAGCGGCGAGACGGAGGGGGAAUCUCGAGCAAAGCCGAAUUGUUCGAAGGCUCUCGGCUUCAACGACACCGCUGGGGCCAGGGACAGGAGCCGCCAGGACCGCCUUGGCCUUUGCGGCCUUCCGCAAGAGGACAUGCUGCGAGAGCAGCCACGAGCGCGAGGUGUUGGCGCGCUACGCCGCGUUCGCCCACGACGCUUCUGGCAGGUGCGGCCAGCUCACGCGGCUCGUGCUCUGCUCGCUGUGCGACGGAGACGUGGGCGAGGGUCUGAAGGCGGAGCAGAACCAGAUUGUCCUAUGCCCCAGCUUCUGCCAGCGAUGGUUCCGGUCCUGCCGCGAGGACUUCUUCGCGCCCGAGAGCUCCGGGACGCGACUGACGGCCUGCCGGCCCGAUAG